AUGCGAUCAGCAUUCAAAAAAGAACAUACUUUCGAACAACGAAAGCAAGAGUCGGAGAGGAUCCGCGAGAAAUACUCGGAUAGGAUUCCUGUUAUUUGCGAAAAGGCCGAAAAGACAGAUAUCCCUACGAUCAGUAAGAAGAAAUACCUUGUCCCAAAUGACUUGACGGUGGGCCAAUUUGUAUAUGUGAUCCGGAAACGAAUCAAGCUGGCGCCUGAAAAGGCGAUCUUUAUAUUUGUCGGCGAUAUUUUACCUGCUACCGCGGCACUAAUGAGCGAUAUCUAUAAUGAGUACAAAGAUGAGGAUGGCUUUCUAUAUGUGAGCUACUCAGGAGAGAACACGUUUGGCUAA